AUGGUAGCUGGAAAUUCUGAUGAAGUUGAUAAUGAUAAUGAACAUGAUGGCACAAUUUUUGUUAGUGUGGACCUCAAAGAGGCUUUUACUACCGAUAAAGUAAGUAAAGAGAAUGGUUAUGUUGUUAUCGUGAUUAUGUCUGACUACGGAUCUGAAAAAAGGAAGCCUGUGAUGACAUUGGGAUGUGAGCGUGGUGGGAAGUAUACACAAGCAGCUCAAGUGUUAAAGCGCAGUCAAACUGGAACAAAAAAAUGUGAUUGCCAUUUCAAGCUAAGAGCAAAGCCUAGCAAGGUUUAUGGGCGAUGGAAGUUGAAAGUUCAUUCUGGGAUUCACAACCAUGAUACAGCUGAAACAUUACAAUCUCACUCUUUUGUUGGUCGUCUAAAUCCUGAUGAAAAGACCAUGGUGGGAAGUAUGAUUGAGAAAAGGGUUAAGCCAAGCGACAUGUUGAUUGCACUAAGGGAGAAAAACCCCAACAACCUGACUAGAAUCAAACAAAUCUACAAUGAGAAGCAAGCCUACAAUAGGAUUAAGAGGGGGUUCUCAGAGAUUCAACACUUGAUGAAGUUGUUGGAAGGUGACAAAUAUGCACACUGGUCUAGGGUUGACGGUGGUUCUAAUGUGAUUAAAUCUCUCUUCUAG